CCAAUCCACUCCAAUUAUAAUCAUCGGCAAUCUUUUUCCCCACGAAAGAUCAUUCCAAAAAAGAAACGGAAUGUAUAUCUUUUAUACUCGUUGCACGUUCGUGCAUUUUUAUUUUCUUCUUUUCUUGCGAAACAAAUGUCUCCUCGUGUCUUGAAGCGGGCGAAACGUCGCGGCGGUGAAAUAAAUCAUUCCGAGAGCAUUUUCGUUAAAUCGCCUCGACGAAAAAUACGCAGGCAUGCGUGACAUGUAUACGUGGAGGCUACGAAGUCCCCUCCGACUCAUCAUCGGACUGACUAAAAAUAUCGCAUGUACAACUAGUCCGUGUAUAUACGUAUAGCACCCAAUCGCAAGCAAGUAAUCCGCACGAGUGCUCACCGCGCGCGCGCGUGUGUGUGUGUGUGUAUAUGUGUCUAGAAUGUUCCUUAAAUACACUCAGUGGGGCGAUUUUAUUUCAAGUAAAAAGUAUUUCAUGUGUCCGCUUAGUUUCCGAAAUACAGGGUAUUUUCAAAAAGAAAUUUAAACGUUCAGGUUGGUUCAGAUUGUUCAAUCUUUGUGGAAGGAAGUGCAGCACGCAUCGAGAGGGUAACGCCAUAGGAAUUCUCUGCGAGCCAUUGUGCACCGAAAAAGGGAUACAUUCGCUCGCAUGUGAGACGCUUCACGCAGGCAAAGAGGCGGUGUUCUCGGCGCACUGGGAAGCGACUCGGCUUGUCUUCAAGGCUUCGAGAACUAAAACACCCUCAGAGCAGUUUGAGUCGCUCUACUGGGUAGACGCGACCGGUCUACGACACUUCCCGUCCGAGGAAGACUUCGCCAACAUGAUCAAAGAUCUGGUGGUCAGCAAACUGAACGUGACGCUGUCGCGACAUCAGCUGGAGCGGCUCGCCCGGCUGCGUACACACCGGGUGGAGACCGAUGUCGUGCGGCGCCGCUUAGAGAUGGAGAAUCUCUGGCCGUUGCUUCAGGAGAACGAGUACCUGAUAACGAUCCUGUACGAGGACAGGGAUGUGUUUCCGCAGCUUAUCGGCACGUGCGGCACCUUCUACGCGGUGGAAUAUGUCAGACCGAUCGAGACCCCGACGACGGUACUGGCGUUGUCCGACUCGAAGCCCGAGUGGGCCAAGCGGCUGAAGCUCGCCGUAAUGAUCCUCGACCUGCUCGAGGAACUGGAGACAGGCAUGCCCGAGCCGUUUCACAUCUGCGACGUGAAGAUCAAUCACUUUGGUCUACCGUUGGGCGGGCAGAGGCUGAAAUUUCUCGACCUGGACGCGGUCUUCCCGAGGACUGUGGUCGGCCGCGUCAUCGCCGACGGCAAGAGCUGCGAGAAGCACGAGGACUGUGAUUACUUCGACUGUCGGUCGAUAUGCUCGAGGAACAUGCGUUGCGAGACGCCGGUCCUUAACGAUAAUUUGCAGAUCGUCUGCGAGAAGAUCUUCCUCGGCUGGACGCUCUCGGGAACGAUCAUUAUUCCUGGAUUGCUCAUGUCGGAGCACACCACCAGCAGCUUGGCCGUGCUGCUGAGGCAAUGCGCUAAUCCGCAAAGCGACGCGAACUUACCGCGCGCGGCAGCAUCUGAGAACGUGAAGAAGCGACUCUACAGCAUGCUGAGCGAAAUGGAACAAGAAUACGCAGCGUUGAACUCUCUGUCGAGAGUAUUUUGCACGGCUGUAUACGGUCUCACAUGACGACCAGAAAAUUCAAUCAAGAUUCACGUCCGAAUCCAGCGUGGCACUCAAUGUGAUAGUAGAGAUAAAAAGGAGUUCAAUGGUAGUUAGUGAUGCUAAUAAGGAUAGAAAGAAGGUAAAUUUAUUUAUGUGGAUAAAAGAGAUUUAUAGAUCUAUAUUAGUUCGUAUACAGAUUAGCGAAACGUAAUGAUAACGAUAAACGACAUAAAACGAUGAAGAAGCGACGGAAGUGAUCCUUUAAAAAUUGGGUUUCAACGACCCGUAAGAAGUCAAUCCGACUUGGUGAACCAUGGUUCACUGAGGAACUCAUGAAUGCGCUUAAUUAAAAAUAAAGAACGUCCAGUUCCUAAUAUCGUUAUGUAUAUAGAUGAACUUAUGUAACGCGCGCGAUAAGUUUAAUAUUUAAUAAAUUAUAUAUACUGAAUA